AGCACCUGGUGAGCUCCUGGCAGCUGUGGGGACUUUGUGGAGACCAAGAGCUGCGGAGCAAGGAUUGCAGUCUCCACAGACGAUCCCUGUCUCACUGAAGCAGAGGGUAGAAAAGCGCGACUGGUAGACUUGAGAGAACACUACCUCUUCGGUAAGGGGUGCCAGACAAGGAGGAUUCAUCUUCCCGGUGACAAUCGAUCGCUGGGAGCAAAGUUCAGAUUCAAGCGCUCUGGAAGAUACUUAAGUACCCAACUCUUCAGAGUCCAGUCUUCACUCUGGGAGAAGGGCAUUCAAGACACCCUCUCAAAGAGGCUUUACCUUCAACCCAUGGCGCUGCCCGGCUCCUCACAAGCAGAGACUUGGAACCUGGAUUCUCUGGUUUCUACGGCCUCUUUGCCCUUAGGACCUCAGGAGCAGGAGGUUGGCGGAGGCCCUGGAGCGUCUGGGGGGCUUCCGCUAGAGAAAGUGAAGCGGCCCAUGAACGCCUUCAUGGUGUGGAGCUCUGCUCAGCGCCGCCAGAUGGCGCAGCAGAACCCCAAGAUGCACAAUUCUGAGAUCUCGAAGCGCUUGGGCGCUCAGUGGAAGCUGCUGGACGAUGAAGAGAAGAGACCCUUCGUGGAGGAGGCUAAGCGUCUUCGUGCCCGCCACCUCCAUGACUACCCCGACUACAAGUACCGACCCCGGCGAAAAAGCAAAAACCCGGGCACCGGGUCGGUCCAUUUCAGCCAGGGAGGAGGUGGCCCGGUAUGUGGAGGCCCACACUGGGGGCCGGGGUACACAACUACCCAAGGGAGUAGGGGCUUUGGGUACCAGCCCCCCAACUAUUCGACAGCCUACAUGCCUGGCAGUUACACCUCUUCCCAUUGCAGACCGGAGGCCCCCUCACCGUGUACUGUCCCUCAGAGUGAUCCUAGGCUCCAAGGGGAGCUAAUACCCUCCUUCCCCCACUACCCAUCUCCAGGCUCUCCCACUCCAUAUAUAUAAUACUUCCCUUGCUGGUGCCUCCAUGCCAGUAACCCACCUUUAACUGGCACGGACAAUCAGGGACAACCCCGAAGACCCAGCCCUUUCAGUUCAGAACCCUAGGAACCAGAAUGCGCAAUUUUGUAUAAUUAAAGCAUGUUUGAGUCUUU